AUGGCUGUAGCAGGAACAGAGCAGGCGUGGGACGCUGCUAUGAACGUCAAUGCGACGCUGCAUACGGAGGCGACCCGUGCGGCUAGCGGUGGCUUCUAUGGUCUGACCAAUGCACAGGUAACUUUCUCGGUACUGGCUCUUAUUGCCAGCCUUCUGGUGCUGGAACAAGUCGUGUAUCGCAUGAAAAAGGGUCGUCUCCCUGGUCCCAAGUGGACGAUCCCCAUUAUCGGAAAGUUUGCUGACUCGCUUCACCCCAGUCUGGAGAAGUAUAUGGAGGGCUGGAACAGUGGUGCGCUGAGUGCUGCGAGUGUCUUUAACAUUUUCAUCGUCGUGGCUUCGUCGAACGAGUACACUCGAAAAAUUCUGAACAGCCCAACCUACACAGAGCCUUGCCUGGUCGCCUCAGCAAAGAAGGUGCUGUGCCAUGACAACUGGGUUUUCUUGAACGGUAAGACUCAUGUGGACUACCGCAAGGGUCUCAACACACUGUUUACGAGCCGUGCCCUGAGCAUUUACCUCCCUAUCCAAGAAUCCAUUUACAAGAAACACUUUGCCAUGUGGCUUGCGGAUCCCAACCCUGAGCCGCAGGAGUUUAUGCGUCAGCUGCGUCAGCUUAACAUGGAGACCUCUCUGCGUGUGUUCUGUGGUAACUACAUUUCUUCGGAUACGGCACAGCAGAUUUCGGAUGAAUACUGGCUGAUUACUCGUGCUUUGGAGUUGGUCAACUUCCCCUUUGCCAUCCCUGGUACUAAGGUGUACCGCGCUAUUCAGUCGCGCAAGAACGCGAUGAAGUGGUUUGAACACGCUGCACGCGAGAGCAAGAAGCGUAUGGCUGCGGGUGAGGAGGUGCAGUGCUUGACAGAUGCAUGGGUUAAGGCUAUGGUUGAUGCGCGUGAGGACCGCCAAAACCCUGAUCUUACGGUGGAGCAGCGUCGUGUCUUGCUGCGAGACUUCUCGGAUCGCGAAAUUGCUAUGGUGCUCCUCAGCUUCCUGUUCGCCUCACAGGAUGCCAUGUCGAGUGGUCUUACUUACCUCUUCCAGCACCUAGCGGAUCACCCGGAGGUGCAGCGCAAGGUGCGUGAGGAGCAGUAUACUCUUCGUAACAACGACAUUGAGGCGCCUGUGACGAUGAACAUGGUCGAGAAGAUGACGUACACUCGUGCGAUGGUAAAGGAGAGUCUGCGUCUGAAGCCUCCGGUGAUUAUGGUGCCUUACAUGACCCACAAGGCCUUCCCGAUCAGCGAGGACUACACUGUGCCAAAGGGCAGCAUGAUUAUUCCAAGUUUCUGGAAUAGCUUGCAUGACCCUGACGCAUACCCGAAGCCAGAUGAGUUCUUGCCGGAGCGCUGGCUCGAGGGCUCCGAGUCCCCCGCAGCGAAGAACCCGAAGAACUACUUGGUAUUCGGCAGUGGUCCGCACAACUGUAUUGGUAAGGAAUAUGCUAUGCAGCACCUUGUGACAGUGAUGGGUACUGCCUCUGUCAUGCUGAACUGGGACCACAAGCGCACGGAAUUGAGUGACAAGGUCCAGGUUAUUGCUACGAUUUACCCCAAGGACGGUGCGAUUCUCAAGUUCCACCAGCGCCCAGCGCCUCGUGUGGACGCGUCUCCUGCGGAGGCGGCUGCUGCGUAA